CCUGCCUCCUCUGGUCCGGGCGGCUCGCGGAGCACCGGAGUGCUGCUGUGUGGGAGAAAACACCAAGGGAGAAGGUUUGGCUCAGCCUGUUUUGUCCAGCUGAGUAAAAACUGACCAGCGAGCGGACAGGGAAGUCUCUGUCUCUGAGACAUACAGGCAGGCGGGCUCAUCAGCUGCUCCCUGUCAGACUGACAGAGCCUCUCUUCUGGCUGCAGAUGGCGAACGAGCGGCUCCGAGCUCUGGAGGAUGUGGAGAAGGAGAUAGCAAUGAUCCUCCAGUGUGCUGGUAAUAUUGUUCUGGAGCUUUCUAAAGACAAGCACAACGCCAGUUUCCUGGACAGACAGCUGGUCCAGUUCCAGAGCUCAGUCAACCGAGUGGAGAGCGAGCUGAGUGGCCAGAUCCGCUACCUCACACAGGUAGCCACCGGCCAGCCCCAUGAAGGCUCCACAUACUCUGCCAGGAAGGAUUGCCAGAUGGCACUGAACAGAGCCGAGUACGCCAAGGUCAAACUGGGAGAACUGGGACGAACCUGCGAGAUCAUGCUGGAUCAGCAGACAUAACACAGAUGCAGGGUGGCUGGGUACAACAGCAGUGUUAGAUACACCUUUUUUUUGUUUUGUUUUUUGUUAAGAUUUUUUUGUAGUAUUAUAUUUACCUGGUGUGAGCUGGUGUUCAAAGUUUUUCACUGACCCUCUUCACCUAAAUUACAAUUAUGCAAAAAGGAAGUGGGACUUUGAAACUACUGGAAUGAAGAAGAAAGUUCCCAAGUUGAUGGUGAUCUGCUCAGGACUGAAAGCUAGAAAUGUCCUCCGAAAGUGGACGGCUGCUUAAGCCUCUGAAACCCGGAUGGACCUCACAUUCCUUGAGUUUAGUUUAAGACAUUUGAACAGUGUUCAGAUGUCUUUCACAAGAAAACCAAUUUUCAGGUCUUUUCCUUGUAACUUCUGACUAAUGUCUUGCUAAUUCUUGGGUCAUUUCUUGGUAAGUUGCGUAUUCCUGCGCUUUCAAAGGAAAUCAAAUGAAUCUGCUGAGGUUUCAGGGGGUUAAGGAACAAACACUGCUCUCACUAUUGAAAAAAGACAUUGGCUAUACGUCUUGCACUUGGGUGAUUUUUUCUGUUUUGUUUGAUGUACUUUAAUUAUUCUUGUGAAUAACUGGUGAGAAAAAUCUGAAACACAAGUAAAUAAGGCAUAAGGCAGAUAGCUGGAAAAUGGUGAGCAUCACAAACUUCCAAGUGAAGAAACUUUUUGUAACGGUGUAAACUGUUUCUGUCUUUGUGCACGUUGCUUCAUGACCUCAUGUCGUUUUCCAUUGGGCAGGUGUAAAACUGUGUGUUGGUAGUCGCACAGACAACCACAGACAAAGAAGGAGACAUUUGACAACUAUGUAUAACUGUUAUUUUUUAUCAUUUCUAAAAUGCAGUACAAAAUAAAGAAGCAACAUAUUUUCUUCAA